AGUCCACAAUUACACGAAAAAACCCUUGAGUUAUGGCUUUAAACCGGGCCAAAAGACAAUUCAAUACCCAAUUUCCCGCCAGGGAAUAUCUAGGCAUCAAUAUUCUUUCUCCUUUCGAGGAUUUACAUCCUUUGCUUUCAUGUCCACUUGGAAGCGCAUCCUAGAGUGUAUACAGGAGCCUCAAAUAUUAAGAAAAUGUGAAAGAUGACAACAUCUCGGUAACUGAUGGUAACAAAUCGAGAUAUAUAAGUCACGGCAGUGAUUCUGCCAACAACUCCUCUACAUCAAACCGACAACCACAUCAUCAACACUCACCUUUCACACAUCCACAACACCACCAAAUCCGACUCUCCUCCCUCAAACCACCCAAAAUGCGUUUCACUGCCCUCAUCCUCACCUCUCUCGCCACAAUGGCCCUCACAUCCCCCGUCGCCGACACCAACACCAAGGCCGACGCCCUCGAAGAGCGCGCCCCCAUCAACGUCCUCUGCUCCUGCGCCGCCACCUCUUCCUGCGGCUGCAACAGCGUCAUCGCCGGCUCCUGGUGCGUCUGCAACGGCGACGCAAAGGGCAGCUGGAACGCCGCUCCCUGCCAGGGUAGUACGUCCUGCGGAUGCUCUGGCUUGGGCAAGUGGGGUGUUUGCGAGAUUGUCUAAACGUAUUCGCCUUCCCGAGGCCUACAAUCAGAUGGGGUUUGCAUAAGUCGGACGCUGGCAUUGUAGAUCUAUUGGGAUGGUCAAUGGGGCUCUGAGUGUUAGGUGUUGAGGCUGUAGAGCUAUUCACCCUAAACUUAUGUAAAUAUCCGAGAGUCACAAUUGCCCUGUGAAACGAUAUGAAUGGGCAAUAAAGUCAAAUAACUCUCAGUACUUCUCACAUUGGGAAAUCGGUUUGGUGGUAUCAUCAAAGCAAGUAAUCAUUCUGG